GCCCCGGCUCCCGCCCGGCGCCCGGGCCCCGCCCGCCCUCCGACGGGGGUGCGGCUCCAGGAAACGGCGCGCUCGUCGCUCCGCUCUCCUGCCAGCCCGGCGCGCCUCGGACCACCCCGCCGACUCAGCCAGACCACCGGGCGGCGGCGGGGAGAGCAGCCGGCGUCUGAGCCUCAGUCACUUCCGCACGGACGGGGCGGGCGACGCGGAUAGGAGCCUCGGAGACCAUGGGGACACGGACCGGGCCAGCGAUCGCAGGCCAGCGGGAGCCCCGGCCCUGAGAAGUGGGCAGCAGGAGCGGCGGGGGCCAUGACCUCGGUGUGGAAACGUCUGCAGCGCGUGGGCAAGCGGGCCGCCAAGUUCCAGUUUGUGGCCUGUUACCACGAGCUGGUGUUGGAGUGCACCAAGAAAUGGCAACCGGAUAAGCUGGUGGUGGUGUGGACCCGGCGGAAUCGUCGCAUCUGCUCCAAGGCCCACAGCUGGCAGCCAGGCAUCCAGAACCCAUACCGGGGCACUGUGGUGUGGAUGGUGCCUGAGAACGUGGACAUCUCCGUGACCCUGUACAGGGACCCCCAUGUGGACCAGUAUGAGGCCAAAGAGUGGACCUUUAUUAUUGAGAACGAGUCCAAGGGGCAGCGGAAGGUGCUUGCCACGGUGGAGGUGGACCUGGCCCGUCACGCAGGGCCUGUUCCAGCCCAGGUCCCGCUGCGGCUGCGGCUAAAGCCCAAGUCUGUGAAGGUGGUGCAGGCUGAGCUGAGCCUCACCCUCUCGGGGGUGCUACUGCGGGAGGGCCGUGCCACGGAUGAUGACAUGCAGAGUCUGGCCAGCCUCAUGAGCGUGAAGCCUAGUGAUGUGGGCAACUUGGACGACUUUGCUGAAAGUGACGAGGAUGAGGCUAAUGGCCCAGGGGCCCCUCGAGGCCCCCAGCCAGGCCUGGGCGGUGCCCUGAGGCUGGGGCGUAUCCCAGAUACCUCACGGGAGCUGAAGACACUUUGUGAGGAGGAAGAUGAGGGCCAAGUACGGCCCCGGCAGGCAGCUGCCAACCCUUCUGGUGCUGAGGAUAUCAGCCCAGCGCCCGUGAGUGCCCCUGCACCUCCGACCAGGGCCUCCUGGGGCCAGGGGUCAGAACCAACUUCUGCAGCUGGGGGCCAAGUGGGGCCUGAGGCCCCAAGGCCCCCAGGAACCCCACCAGAGACAAGGUCCUUGAGGCAGCCAGGCCAGGACACGGCCCCCACUCCAGCCCCUCGGCUCCGGAAAGGCUCUGAAGUCCCCCGGCCCCCAGCCCCCCAAGGGGGUGAUGAGGUCCCCAGUGCUGCAGAGGCUCCCCAAGCAGGAGUGGGUUCUUCUGGGGAGACCCAGACCUGGCCAAGCCCUCAGGAAGGGACAAAGGCCCAGGGAGCCAGGCCAGGCCCAGAUGUUGAGGACCAAGGCCCCAGAGAUACCUUGGAGGUGCAGAGACCCAAAGUUGAAGAGGGGGACAAUGGGAAAAGACCAGAGGCUAGUGAGGUGGACACUGAGCAAAGGGCAAGAGUCACAAUUGGUGAGACUGAAGAGAGGUCAGAAUUUAGUAGAAAGGCUGCUGAGCAGAGAUCAAAGGUGAGUCUUCUAGCCAAGGGACCAGAGGCAGCAGGACUGAAGCCUGAGGCAAGUUUUAGGGUGACUCCUGAGGCUCCUCCAAGGGGCUCUCAGGGGAGGAUGGGGUUCAGGGCCCAGGAAGAGGCUCCCGCGGGCCUGAAGCCACCUCUAGUAGAGCUUGCAGAGCACUCCGGACAUCUCAGUGACCUCAGGGGGGCCAGGGCUGCUGCAGGCCAGGAGAGAGAGGGUGCAGAGGUGAGGGGCAGAGCCCCUGGUGUUGGGAGGACAGCCCUGGAGCAAGGCCCCUCUGCUGGAGCAGCAAGCACUGGGCCCCAGGUGAGCAGAUUUCAGGAGGCCCCGUCAUCAUCUGACCAGGGGGUGAUAUCUAGGGAUCUGAGGGUCUGGGAGGAAGAAUCUGACCAGUCAGGGGCCCUGGGAACACAAACUGAGCUAGCAAAGUGGGAGGAAUUGAGGUCCCAGAAGACAGAAGCAAGCAGGUCAGUGUUCCCAGUGACAGAGACUAGGAUAGCCGAAGCUGAGAUACUGGGGGCCCAGGCAAUGGAGGCAGGAAGAUCAGGGGGCCUGGAGUUAGAGGAUGCUGGGAUAGCAGAGUUGGAGGUAUUAGGGACUCAGGAGACAGAGGUGGGGGUUCCCGGGGCACCAGGGACAGAGGCUGGGAUGAUGGCAGAGACUGAGGUAUUGGGGACCCAGGAGAUUCCUGAAUGUUCUGGAGUACUGAGAAGAGAAGCUGAGAUAACAGAAUCUGAGAUAUCGGGGACCCUGGAGACAGGGGAAGAAGGUUCUGAGAUACCAGAGACAGAGGCUGGGGAGGCAGAAGCUGAAAUAUUGGGGACCCAGGAAAUAGCAACUGACAGUUCAGAGGUUCCAGGAAUCCCAGUUGAGGUGGCUGAAUCUGCGAUAUUGGAAGCCGGGCAGACAGAGUCAGGGAUCUGGGAGAUCCAAGGCGUAGAGACUAGCACAGCAGAAGCUGAGAUAUUAGGGAUCCAAGAGGUAGCACCUGGGGAUUCAAGGGUCCCAAGGAUACAGCCUGAGAUUUUGGGGACCCAGGAGACAGAGGUAGGAGAUUCAGAGGUUUCAGUGAUAGAAAAUGAGGCCGCAGAAGUUGAGAUAUUGGGGGCCCAGGAGACAGAGGUAGGAGGUUCAGGGGUCCUGGGGAUUGAGACUGGGACAGCAGAAGCUGAGAUGUUGGGGAUCCAGGAGAUAGUAGCUGGGGGCUCAGGGGUCCCAGGGUUAGAAGUUGAGAUAGCGAGGGCCCAGGAGGCAGAGGCCGAGGGCUCAGGGGUGUCAGGGCCUGUGGCUGGAGUGGCAGAAGCUGAGAUGCCAAGGCCCCAGAGGAUGGCAGCUAUGGGAACUACAGUUUCAGAGCCUGGGGAGACAGAGACUGAGAAUUUGGGGGUCCAGGAGGCAGACACUAGGGUCUGGGGAGCUCUCACAUAUGAGGAUUUAAGGGCCCCAGGUACUAAGCAAAGAGUUUUAGGGUCCCAGGAAGUAGGGGUAGAAGUUUCAGGAGGAGAGGAAGAGACUAAAGUUUUGAGGGUCCAAGGGGCAGAGCCUAGGUUUUGGGCAUUGUCAGAGGUCAAAUCUGAGGUUUGUGGGGCCCAGAAAGCAGAGAUGAUGGGUGUAGAGCCCCCAGAGAAUAAAUCUGGUAUUUUCGAGGCCCAGGAAACAGAGGCUGGGGUCUUGGGAACCAAGAAAGGGCAAGAAGCUAAAGGAAGCCUCCCAGAGGCCAGCCUGAUUGCGGUGCAGGUGGCCAGCGAGGCUGGGGCUGGGGUGCCCAGGCCCUCAGGGGCCUCUUCCCCAGAGGAGCCUGAAGAGGACAGGAGGCUGCCGGGCAGCCAGGCACCAUCUACCCUGGUCAGCUCCAGCCAGUCCCUGCUGGAGUGGUGCCAGGAGGUCACCACUGGCUACCGUGGUGUCCGCAUCACCAACUUCACCACAUCCUGGCGCAACGGCUUGGCCUUCUGUGCCAUCCUGCACCGAUUCUACCCAGACAAGAUUGACUAUGCGUCCCUUGACCCGCUCAACAUCAAACAGAACAACAAGCAGGCCUUCGAUGGCUUCGCGGCCCUGGGCGUGUCGCGGCUGCUGGAGCCAGCUGACAUGGUGCUGCUGUCGGUGCCCGACAAGCUCAUCGUCAUGACAUACCUGUGUCAGAUCCGUGCCUUCUGCACUGGGCAGGAGCUGCAGUUGGUGCAGUUGGAGGGCGGCGGUGGCGCCGGCACGUACCGCGUAGGUAGCGCCCAGCCCAGCCCUCGCGACGACCUGGACGCCAGCGGCCUGGCGCAGCGGCUGCGCGAGCACGGGGCUGAGGCUCCCAAGGAGUCCAAGGAGACCGCGGACCGCGAGAGCAGAGCAGCCUCCAAGGGCGCGGACGUGGUCUGCGCGCCCAAGGAUGGAGAGACGGAGACCACGGGCGAAGCACGCCCAACAGAGACCCCUGGGGAGGGCUCUGGAACCAGGGCGCCCACAUCCCCAGUGCCCCUGGCGGAGGGGCUGGUGAAUGGGGCGGGGGCGCCAAGUAGUGCGGGCGGCGUGAGACUGCGACGGUCCUCGGUCAACGCAGAGGCCGGGCCGGUGCCGCCGCCCAGAGCGCAUGGCUCCUUCUCCCACGUACGCGACGCGGAUCUGCUAAAGAAGAGGCGCUCACGGCUGCGGAACAGCAACUCCUUUUCGGUGGACGACCCGGACUUGGGGGCCGCAGGAGCUUCGGGAGCCGUGGCUGCGGAAAGCCCCAGCCCUGACCCCAGCCCUCCCCCUGGCCCACCCACAGCCACUGCCCUGCAGCAGAUCCCUGGUGGGAGCACCCCAUCGGAGGAGUUACCCCCAAGUCCAGGGGAGGAGGCUGGGCUGCAACGCUUCCAGGACACCAGUCAGUACGUGUGUGCAGAGCUGCAGGCCCUGGAACAGGAGCAGAGGCAGAUAGAUGGACGGGCGGCUGAGGUGGAGACACAGUUGAGGAGCCUCAUGGAGUCAGGUGCCAACAGGCUGCAGGAGGAGAUGCUGAUCCAGGAGUGGUUCACCCUGGUCAACAAGAAGAACGCUCUCAUCCGGAGGCAGGAUCAGCUGCAGCUGCUACUGGCAGAAAACGGACGCACAGCAGCACCGAGAGCAGCUGCUGCUGGAGGAGCUGGUGUCGCUGGUGAACCAGCGCGACGAGCUGGUCCGGGACCUGGACCACAAGGAGCGGAUUGCCCUGGAGGAGGACGAACGUCUGGCGCGCGGCCUGGAGCAGCGGCGCCGAAAGCUGAGCCGGCAGCUGAGCCGGCGCGAACGUUGCGCACUGAGCUGAGCCCGCCCGGCCUCCCCGGCCUCCCCCGCCUUCCUAGCCUCCCCAGCCUCCCCGCCUCCCGGCCCCGCAGCUUUGCUCGCAGCUGGUGCCUGCUCUCCUCCCGUGGCCUGCGCUGCGGAGGACCCGGCCCUCGGGAUGCGGGGUGAGGCCGCUGCAGGCCGUCGGCGCCCCUUCAUAGGACGGGCGAGGGCCACACCGACCGGAGCCGCUGGGCUGCCGCGCCGGCCGGACAUAUUUAUUUGUCGGUAUGAGUGUGAGUGUGCGCGUGUUGAUGGCGACCGGGGUUCCAGGGGCGCUGCGCAGAAAUCCUGCCCGAUCGCAGGGCCCCGGCAGGCCUCCGAGGGAGAGGAAUGGCGGGGCCUGUCAACCACGCCCUCCUGUUCCUCUGGCAAUAAAGUUGGACAAGGACA